UGCUUCUGCAUCUUCCACACUACUGUUGCCGCUACGGACAAUCCAAUCGAUUCCUCUUCGUCACUCUUGCAACAGCUCCUCCGGAUCUUCGUCUUCGCAACCUCAUUUCGCGACUGUCGCUCUUUCCUUGUCCGUCGUUCACAAACUCACCUCACACACACCUCUCAACUUCACCUCUUCAACCCAUUCUCCUAAUCACCUGUUGCUGACACGAAUUCGUACCUCCUCUCUCUCUCUCGUCGCGACCAUCAUUUCAACAGACCCCUGCUUCACAAAGCCCUCUCCACGCGUUAAUUCGUGAUCACACAAAGAUCUCACCCACACGACCGACCGCCCGACCUCCGAUCCCGAGUUUGGAAAUCAGCUCAGAAGAAUCACUCUAGGUUUUUCACUUCCUACACAAACCCACACACAUGUCUUUAUCACGGUCAAGGCAAUAACAGAACAUCUCUGGUCCGUCGCUGCGGCGCAGACGCAUCAACCACAUGCAUCUGUUGUCGCGGUUCGGCCCACGGGCAACGGCCGCUCUGUUAUUGCUCUCAAAGCAAGGAGUGUGCCAAUCAAUACCUCCGCCCAAUCUCGAUCUAGGCUCCCUGGGCCAGGUAACGCUCGCGGGCAACUUUGAUGCAAUCCAAGUCUAUUCGGGUCAACAGGAAGGAUUUAUUAACAAUGGCUCACAAUCACUGUUGUCACAACUACCUGGUGGAGCCUUUGAAAUUCUGUCGUCUACGGACGCCAGCAUUGAAGCUGUCUGUCCACUCUUGCUGCAGGAUGGCUCGUUAUCGGGGGUGGUAGUAGGAGGAAAUUUCACAAGUAUUGGCGGUGUAGCAGCAAGAUCUGCCGCGCUCCUAAACACAACUACCCUGGAGGUUCAAGCCCUUGAUGGGAUACAAGGAACGGUGUCGGCUCUGUAUUGCGAUCAGGACAACGGAACCGUUUAUCUGGGUGGUGCUUUUGAAGCUGGAAAUUCAAGCAAUGCCAUCGCUUGGAAAGAUGGAAACUGGUCAACCCUGCCAUUUGCCGGCUUCGAUGCUCCAGUGUCAUCGAUCACGAAAGCUCCCAAUGGACACAUUGUGUUUGGAGGCUCAUUCACAGGCCUAGGCAAUGUGACAACAACCAAUACCCUGAACAAUCGACCACCGCAGAUCAUCAAUCUAGGUUCGGCCAGUAUUACAUCGCAGGGAAACUCGACCCAAGCGGGCGUGGGCGAUCCUCGAAACGUGGUGUGCCCGUCCAACAGCUCGACCGCCGACACGACAUUCCUUCUCGCCGACAACACACCGGGCUCGUGGCGUGCGGAUUUCGGGUUUGGUUUCCAACCUACCAAACUACGAUUAUGGAAUGCAAAUCAGGACGGGCGAGGCACCAAGACAUGGCGUUUCACAGCUCAUCCGAUUAACGGAAUUAUGAAUUUCACGUUCAUCGACCCUGAGACUGGCAACCGCGAACACUGUGACGCUACAUGCCCACUUGCGCUGAACGCGUCGCAACCCUUUCAAGAUUUUGAAUUUGUCAAUUUGGUGGGAAUGAACAGCUUCACCAUUGAUAUUUCAGCCUGGUACGGUGACGGAGGAGGCUUGGCCGGUAUCGAAAUCUUCCAAGGAGACAUCCUCUCAUAUGCCAUUGAUGGUUUCAACGAGCCACAAUGCUUAACGGGUGGCUUGCGCUCACAGGCCACUGCCACCGGCCCAUGGUACACCACUCCGUCUCGACAAAGUGUAGCCAACUACCUUACCGUCGUCGUCGGCCCUACAACCGUCAAUAGUACUUCUAUUGUCUUCGAACCAAAUGUCCAAGCCAGUGGUAAUUAUUCGGUCAUUGUGUACACUCCAGGCUGUCAACAAGAUAGCUCUUGUUCUGCACGCGCUAUUGUUAAUGUCUCUGGCACGUUGACGAGUGAUGGCGGUCAAGCUUUUAGUAGCUUGAUCUACCAGACAAAUGAUUUUGACAAGUAUGAUCAAGUCUACCAAGGACGCAUCGACGCGACCACUUCGAGUUUUCGACCUGCCAUCACCAUUACUCCAUCUGGACUCCAGAAUGACCAGCUCAUCGUUGCCUCUCGUGUCAAGUUUGGAUUUAUCUCAAGCACCGGAGGCCUCAAUGGCUUAUUCGACUACGACCCAGAGAGUCCCUUUGUCAAUAAUGACUUUUCACAGUCUGCCAUCAAUAAUGCUGGAACCAUGUUGCACUCGGGUGCGCAGAUGUCAGCUCUGACGACGCGAGAUGAUACAAUCUACGUCGGCGGCCGAUUCUCCGAUGAUUCUUUUGAGAAUAUCAUGGCCUUCCAUGAUAACAAUGCCACCUCGUUACCAGGUGGUGGUCUAAAUGCCGCUGUCUCGGCUCUGUACAGUCUGGACGACUUUUUGUAUGUUGGAGGCAACUUCACCAACACCAAGCAAGGUGGAGUGGAUGGAUUGAACAACGUUGCUGCUUAUCAAUACUCCAAGAACGCCUGGACUUCUCUCUCUGCUGGCUUAAAUGGACAAGUAGAAGCUGUGGUCCCAAUGUUGUUGAAUGUUUCCGGAUCGAAGCCAGAGACAGUCAUCGCAUUCAGCGGUGCCUUUGAUCAAAUCCAAGCCUCCGGCUCAGCUGCAUCUAGCCGUGCGAACGGUAUGGCAAUUUGGGUACCAUCGCAAAAAGCAUGGCUCCAGAACUUGAAUAUAGAAAAGCAGUCUCUCCAAGGACAACUUUUCGCCGCGACUUUCCUUCCCAACAACACCUGGAUCGGAGCCGGUACAAUUCAUUCACUAGGCUUGGCCAUUAGUGGUGCGGCAGGCAUGAGAUCGAGCUCCGGGGGUGUUUCUCUUCAACAACUUCCUAUCGACAUAGGCUCGGGAUCUUCCCAGUCAAAUUCUAGGAAGCGGGCUAUCUCACCAUCACAGAACGUGGACGGUGUAACUAGUGUCGCGUACUACGAUGACAACGGACAGAAUGUGACCAUCUUUGGAGGUCACUUCAGCGCGACCGCCACGAACGGCUCAAUGAUUGAGAAUCUCAUGUUCUUGAACAAUUCCGAUAACAAUGCUGUGACUGGUCCUCCUGCAGGGCUCGAUUCCAAUUCGACCAUCGCUACGCUUCUUGUAUCUGGCAACCUUCUUUUCGCGGGAGGUCGACUCUCGGGUCGUUUCGACGACGACAAUGUUCAAGGUGUGGUCUUGUUGGAUAUGACCACCGCUGGUUACCGCACUAUUCAACCGGCGUCUCUUCGUGGCCCGAAUGUACUAGUCAAUGCUAUUGUUUCUCAAUCGGGCACAUCAGCUAUUUACGUCGGUGGAGCUUUCGAUCAGACUUCGCAAGGUUUGUCUUGCCCUUCGGUAUGCAUGUACGACACAGCCACAAACCAAUGGAACACGGUUGGAACUGAACUUUCUGGCACGGUCAUGUCUCUAUUCUGGACCUCUAGUUCGACACUUCUCGCAACUGGCAACCUUAGUGUUGCCGGCAAUCAAACCUCGUUGGCGUUGUACAACUCCAAGAAACAAACCUGGACCGCGACCACUCCUCCGGGCGUGCCUGGUGUUGUGACGGCCUUUUGUCCUGCCACCGACAAUGCGGAUCACAUGUGGGUCGCCGGCACGGCAAACAACGGCUCGACGUUCUUGAUCGAGCUUGAUGGAGACAAUACUCGACCAGUUCCCAAUGUUUUUGGCAGCGGGACCACGAUCGAAGGUCUACAAAUUAUGCCAUUGUCCAAGAGUCAUGAUUCGUCCCAGUAUCUUGACAAUGAUCAGGCAUUACUGGUCAGUGGUCAACUGAAUGUGACCAACUUUGGGACUGCAGCAGCAGCUCUCUUCAAUGGCACAACAAUGACGCCCUUGAUUCUCGCCAGCAAGUCGAACGGUAACCCUGGCAGCAUUAGUCAAGUCUUUACAUCCAACAACAAUAAUCUCAAAUCAAGUCGCAAAUUUGGGCACUCCAAAGGCAUUGCGGUCCUGGUUGCGCUCUGCGCAGCAUUAGGUACAAUUUUCCUCAUAAUACUAAUUGGCAUUAUCCUCAAUCGCAUUCAGCGGCGACGAGCAGGUUACAAGACGGUGCCCAGCGUCCCAUACGCGGAUAAGAAUUCGAAUAUACAGCGAGUACCACCGGAAGCACUUUUUGGCAGCAUGGGAAACAAACCCAAUGUACCAAAAGUGUGAUUUGAGGAUGUGCCAGAAACAAACAACAAACACCAAAGGAAAAGAAACGAUGCCAUGAAUGAUACCCAUGAUGCUUUUUAUGACUUGUAAAAAAAGGGAUUCGAUCGAAACGAAGUGGUCAGAGGUUGAACCGAGUUUACAUCCUGGAUUGAUACCAGGACUUUACCCCAUAAUUAAUAUGCGGGCAGGAUUUUAUCGUUGAUUAUGGCUUCUUUUUUUUUGCAUGGCGCUCUGGCGCUGAGCUUGAUUUCAUGUAUUGUUGAGAAUUUUCUACGGCAGUGACUGAGAGAUGGGAUAAAGAGAGGUCAAAGAGAUGGUCUCGACAGAUACACACAACAGGAGUUGGCCUCUUUUUUUAUACAGAGUAUGAGGAUUGCAGAUAGGAGAAAGAAAGAUGAGCCAAAAAGCUUUGAGCGAGCGUAAAUAAAAUCCUUGAGCUAUAGACUCGGGUGUGCGCUGUUAAUGUUAAUUGAU